AGCGAGCUUGCCAGAACUGACUGAUCCUGCCACCCAAGACGGUCUUGAAUCGCUCCACUCCAUCCAUUUCUGCUCUUCCAGUAAAAGGCUCCAGCACCUGCUCACAGCUGCAAUGAGAGAGGAUCAGCAGCUACCCCACAAGCCAGGACAGGAGUGUGCAAGUGCAGACCCGUUGUAAAACAAAGAGUGGGACUCAGAAGAAAGACUCCACUGAGAGGCCACUAACAGUCAAAAGCUCAAGAGCAGCAAAAGGCAGGACUUCUACCACCGUGUACAUGGGUUGAGGCAGGACACAGGGAGUACACAGACCCUUCACAGCAUCUAUCAUCAUGCAAGGGACUUUGAUACCAACAGCUCUUGCCGGGAGCAGCAUCCUCUCUUUUGUACCCAGCGGUGUUUUGCACCCAAACUAAGGAGCAAAGAAAGUUGCAAUCAAUGUCUGAGACCAGGCCAGCUCUGAAGAAGAGGGUGAUGGGAAUGCCUCGUGACUGAGGGCGCUCUGAGGAAUAACCAUGAGAAAACACUUGCUCCAGAACCUUGUCCAAACAUCUAUGUGACCCUUCUUUCUGAUGGGGCAGAGGAGUGACAAGAAAGGGAAAGAUGCAUCUGAAACCACACACUGCCAGCAAGAGAAAGGCUUUCGGUGAAACUUAAGGCCCCAAGAGCCACCAAAGGAACGUGAGGACUUGGGAGGCCACAGAGACUCCGUUUACCCAAGGAGAGCGGGGAAUGGCACAGACAGGGACAAGGAAGUGCCCCAGCUCAUUCAGAGGGAAGGGAAGAAAGGUGUCCACUGCACAGGAGUGUAAAAUAAUAAAAAUAAAAAAACCCCACAGAUGCAGAGAAAGACAAAGAGGAAAAAAUACGGAAGCGCAUCAAGCCCUCAGAGAUAAGUUAAGAGGCACGAUCAGAGAGAAGCAAAAUAAGCCGUGCAACAGGGCAGAGCAGCUGAAGUCUCACAGGCGUGGACAAACAGAAGGAAAGUAUUUUGUAAGUCCCAGAAAAAGUGUAUGAUGGUGGUGGUACCAGGAAACGUACAGUAGGGGAAAAAGCAAAACAAGCAAUGUGACGAUAACAAGGAUUUACUAGAGAGCAGGAAACUUCCACCACCAUUUUCCCUCCCCAUUCCAGCAACUGUCCCGAGAUAUCUGGGCACACGUCACGCGGCCGGAGCUGUGGCUGUGUGAAGUUGUCUCCGGACACCGGACAAGGCUUUCACCUGGUCGUGCAUAAAAGCCUUGAGGCAUCAGAUGGUCUCCUGCCUGCCCUGUGUACCAUAUAAACUGUGAGGAAGCAAAUCAGUAAGCUGCCAAACUUUUGGAAGAAGACACUUCCCCUGUCUCCUCCAGAGCUCUCCGACUAGGCUAUGAUGAGAACUUCAGCACCAACAGUCACAGUGAGAUUCCACCUCAAUUGGCUCUUACCUCCAGAAGACAGCAGAAAAGGUUGUUGAUGCAGGAAACCACCAGACUCAAUUCCAAUGCAGCCAAGAUUCACACUGCGAUCAGUUGCCCCCCCUACUCACAGGAAUCCCUCAGCUCAGUCUCCAGCACACACAGCCCCAUCUCCAUCUCAGAAGAGAUCUUUAAGCCCCCAAACAAACCACUGCCUCAUCCCCACAUGAGCGACCUGCCCUGAUCCUCGUUCCUUUUCCCUCCCUCCCUGGCUGUACCACACUGAACCGGUAUUUCUUUCCCUCCUCACAUAACCAUAUCCAAACACAGUAAUAAUCCUGCAUAGGAAAACCGUCUGCAGUGCCCAGGGACUGCUCUUCCCCAGUUGCAGCACAGUGCACCACAGUGUCAUGGUGUCAUCACUGAUGUAGUGCUGCACACUAUACAACAAUCAGCAGAAAGCACAGGAGGUCCACCUUUCUCCAGGAGCGGUCCGGGUCCUGGAAAGGCUGGAGCCGCAUCAAGCAGGCUGGGACAUAUUCAAGCACGUCACUGAGACCAACAGGCAGCAGCAAGAGCUGCAGAGGCAGCCGCCCUGGAGGAGGACCCAGAGAGAGCAGUGCGUCCAUCUGGGGGAUCCUGCUGCCCUGAGGAGGAUGAGAGCACUCAGAGCUCUCUGCCCGUGCUUUGGUUCUCAGUCCAGACCUGCACAUCCUGAGGAUGGAGGCAGGGCAAAGAAGGCUGUCCCUGAAGCCGUCACUACCUUUGUGGCUAGUGGGGCUUCUCUGCUAAAGCGGCUGCAAGACCAUGAGGGUGACCGAGUGGAGACAUACCGGGAGCUGGAGAGCUUCUUGCAAGGAGACGAUGGCAGUUUGCAGAGCGGUGUCGUGAACCGCCUGAUAGCAGAGGUGUCCAGUGACAUGCGAGCAGCCCAGGGUGUGACAGAUGAUGUGAAGAUGGCUGCUAGCGACGUCCUGGUGGCUCUGGCCCGCUCCCGCUUCCACUUUGUCAUGUCUGAGCUCCAGAGCCACCUGAAGGCCAUGGGGAAGGUCCCUGAUGAGACUGUGCUCCUCACCUUGGGCAAAAUGGCCCGCAGCUACGCCCUGCGGUGCAUCCCCUUCGUGGGAAUGACGCUGCUUGCCCUGCGUGCCAUGCUGAGCCGGGUGGGGAGCGGCCGGAUCCUGCGCGCCGUCUGCAGUGUUCUGGAGCAAUGGUCAAAAGGGGUCAAUACAUACUUCGGCAGCCGGGAGCAAUGCCCCUUCCCUCGCAACGGGGAAGCGCAGCUCUGUGAAGACAUUUACCCAGUCUUCCGUUACGCGCUGGUAAAUUGGCUGGGCUGCGAGGAAGAAGAGGACAAGCAGGCUGUGCUCAGGGCGGUGGCUGCCAUGAUGGAGGUCCUGCUGCGUGAGGAGCAGCACCGCGAGCAUGCCUGGGAGCAGCUCCUCUGGCUGCUGCACCAAUCUCAGGAGGUCCGAGACACCUCCCGGGUCAACAAGCUCCCUGACGUGACCAAAGAGCCUGGCCUGGCCCCUAAGGCAGAACUUCCCCGCUGCAUCGCGCUGCAGGCACGAAUAUGCCCUGAGGAGACGGGCAUGUUUCUGCACUCCCCGGAGAGCGGUGGGAGCAAGGCCGGUCGCGUGGCAGCCCUGGGCCUGCUGGGAGCGCUGGCCCACUCUGACGCACCUGCAGUGAGAGAGAAGCUGCCCCAGGUGAUGGAGGCCAUGGGGUCAGUGUGCAACGACCCCAGUGCCCAGGUGCGGAGGGCAGUUCUGGAGUUCAUCCGGGAGCUGCUCAGCUCCGGCUCCCAGAGCUGCUGGGCAUGGGAUGUGGUGGGGCACAUCUUCAGCGAGUUCAGCCGGACCUCAGGCAGACUGGUGGCAGGAGGCCUUUUUGCCUGGGUAACACCGGAGGAAGGAGCUCUUCGAGCCCUGUGUGUGGAUAUCCUGGGCUCGCUGGACGUCUCUCUGAGAGGGAUGACCAAACUCCUGUGGCCGAGGCUGCUGCAGUACGUAGUGCCAGCCCAGUACAGCGGCAUGCUGAUCCCGCUCUCCCGCUGUCUCCGAGCCCUAGUUGAGAGACGGGAGAGCGCAGGGUGUGAAGAAGACGAGGAGGAGCCUGACGCCGUGGACUCCCAGGAGCGAGCCCGGCUGCCGGCUCCCCAGGCCCUGCUGGCUCGACUGCUGGUGGUGGCAGCAGCUCCUCACAAGAGCGGCGAACGUGCAGUCGCUGCCUUGCAGCUGCUGCAGGCCCUGCAUGGCAGGAUACACCGAGCCUUGGGGGUGGUGUGGACUACCGAGAUCCCCCUCCUGCUGCAGUACUUGGAAGGGAAAACCAAGAGGUCCCUGGACUCUGCAGAGUGGGAGCAUCGUGUGCUCAAGUUCCUGCGAGCGUCGCUGGAGCCCAUCGAGGACAGGGCCUGGACCAUGGGCCUGAGCCAGGAGCUGAGCCAGCAGCUGGGCAGCUCUGCCCCCGGCUCCUGGGAGAAGCUUUUCCUGUACAAGGCCCUUGGGACAGUGCUGGCAGCUUGUCAGGAUCUCAGACACGUCCAAGGGCAGGUGCUGAGGUUCCUGCAGGAGACAAACCCUGUGCAGCUGUCUGAAGCCCAGGGAAUGAUUUCUGUUGUGUCCCACACGGCUGAGAGCCACUUCCAUCUGGUCUUGGACACGGUGAACAUGUUCUCCACCGCUUUCACCAGAGGCUGGUUUUAUCAGACUUCCAUGGGCUGGAAGGUCCAGCAGUGGCAGAAGAUGGAGAGCGCCCAGGCCAUUCGUGCUGCUCUGAUGCGCACCUACAGCGGCAUUGCGCUGCGUGCCCCCAAGGAGCAGCUGCUCACCCGCGUGGAUAAAGAAAUCGUGGGCAACAUCCUGCGGCUCUCCAGAGCUAAACAGAGGGACUUGCAGCUCAAGCUCGCCCUGGUGCAGAGCAUCACCGAGGUCAGCUGUGCCAUCCAGGCUGUGGGCAACUGCGGCAGCUUUGAGCUGUCCUUAAAGCAGGAGGCAACGUGGACCUUGCUGGACUGGAUCAAGGGGGAGCCCUGGGACUCCCUGGUGUAUGGAGUGUUCCAGGCCCUGGAGGAGUUGAGCAAGCUGAGGCCACCUCUGAGGCGGGAGGAAAAUCACAAGCUGCUGGCAGUGUGCUGCCAGACUGUCUUGUCCUGUCCUUCCAAGGAGCGGAUGAAAAAGGGCAGGAAGACAGUGAGGGCAGCUGUGAACAUGCAGCUCCUGCACAGGAGAUAUGUGGAAGAUCUGGGC